AUGCCUUCACCAGUUACUCUACGUACCAUUUCGUCCAAAGCGGCAUUAUACGUUCCCAAUUUUAAAAGUAUCAUUACUCGUUCCGGAAUCACGUCAUCUCUUAGGGCCUAUAGUAGCAAAUUAUAUACUAAAGAACAUGAAUGGAUUGAUGUUAAACAUAGUGUAGGAACUGUUGGUAUCACAGACUAUGCGCAAAGUUCGCUUGGCGAUGUGGUCUUCGUGGAUUUACCCAAAGUGGGAGAUGUUGUUGAACAAUUCGGACAUUGUGGUUGCUUGGAAAGUGUAAAAGCAGCUAGUGAUCUUUAUGCUCCAGUUAGUGGAAAGGUCAUCGAAGCAAAUACAAAAUUAACAUCUGAACCCGGAUUGAUAAACAAGAGUCCAGAGGAGGAAGGGUGGUUGUGUAAAAUUGAAUUAUCCAAUUCAUCGGAAUUAAAAAGUUUGUUAGAUAAAAAAGCCUAUGAUUCGUUUUGCAAAGAAUCAAAAGGAUCGCAUUAG